AUGGCUGGGUGCAGCGUCGAGUUGCUGGCGGUCCUGACCGGGGCUGUAUUUCUUCUUCUGGGGUCCGUCCGGGGAUGGGAGCGGAUCAACGAGACCGAGCUGCUCAGUUUGUACAAGAGCGGACAUUUGGAUAAAGCCCCUCGCGCCUCGCCGCCGGACCAAUGGAAGGACGCAGGAGGCGCCGCGCGCAAAGAUGACAGCGGUUUCUAUGAAUUAGAUUACUAUGACGACGAAGAUGACGACGACGACGGCCCAUCAAAGGAUUUUGACUUUGCUCAAACAAUUAUCGGUAGCAGUUUGCCUACCUUUGACUCGGUGGGUGAAUCUGACUUGGUGGUGGAAGGAAUUCCUGAGCUCUCUGAAUGGCCUGGCUCAUCAGAAAGCGAUUUCCAAGAAGAAUUUGAAGGCUCUUUUGCAAGGAGCUGGCGUGGCAGCAGCACUCCGGAUAAUGGGGCCGUCAGUGUCGUCUGCAGAAGAAAUGAAUUCCAGAUUACCAUUUCAGACGGACUUCUAAAAGAUGUCAAAAUUUUGGGUUCAAAAGGUGUGCAUGCAGUCAUGGAAGCUCCAGAGGUUUGUGGUUAUGGCGUGAACCCUGAUGAGAACACUUUCACUGUCCCCUUUACUGGAUGCCACGUGAAAGAAAGUGAGAGGCUGAGCCAAGAUGCUGUGGGCCACACACCAAGCCAACAAAAGAGCAACAUCCAGUGGCUCACCGUGAACUGCGCUGUCCCCAUGGCAGAACGGUUGACCUGUGGUCCCUCAGGAAUAUCUCCCUCAGACUGUGACAAGAAGGGAUGUUGUAUGGACAAGUCCACGCGUACCUGCUACUACCCCAUAGAUGAGUGUACAGUAGAUCAACACUUCGUCUUUGCCAUCCGCUCCAGCGGCGCAGUCAUCCCUGUGGAUCCGACCCAGCUCAUUAUUCCUGGGCACCCAAACUGUAAACCAGUCAUUGCUAAUUCCGAAUUUGCAAUCUACAAGUUCAGCGUUAACGAAUGUGGAGCUCGUGUCUAUGAAGUUGGUCAGACGAGGAUAUACCUGACUGAAGUUCAGACUGUUGUCAGAGCUUAUAAUCUUAAAUACGGCAUAAUUACAAGAAGCGAUCCACUCAGGUUCCUAGUUGAGUGCCGUUACAGCAAAUGUGCUACUGCAAAGCAGUCACUGGCCAGUGUGGGCUAUAUGGUCAAGACCCCGACUUCCAGUCUCCCAUCAUCAAUCCUGUCUAAUGGCUUAUAUGGUGUUCAGCUGAGAAUUGCUCGAGAUCGCACGUAUUCCAGCUACUUUCCCUCUUACCAUCAGCCACUGAAGCUCCUCCUGGGAAAACCAGUGUUUCUGGAGUUGAAUCUGAAAUCUCCCAAGCCAGACGCAGUACUCCUGGUCAACUACUGUCUUGCUUAUCCUCGCUCUGCAAAGAAUGCUCUGGUGUUGAUAUUUGAAGGGUGUGCCAAUCCCAACGAUCCACAUGUGUCCAUCCUUAAAGUCAGUGACGCCCCCAAAAAUCGUAACCGGAGACGCUUCACGGUGGAUGCCUUCCAGUUUAUGAGGAUGAGGACAAAUGAGUACCUUGAUGAAGAAAUCUAUUUCAUGUGUUCCACUGAAGUUUGUUGGCCCACGGAAAAGACGUGUGAAGAGCGCUGCUUUGAUGGAAAAGUCCACUGA